AUGUCAAGAGUUCAACUUCUUACUGCUAAGUUUGAGAACUUAAGAAUGAAGGAAAAUGAGAGUAUUCAUGACUUUCACAUGAAUAUUGUUGAGAUAGCCAAUGCUUCUAGUGCACUAGGAGAGAAGAUAUCAUAUGCCAAGUUGGUCAAAAAAAUUCUCAGAUCUCUUCCAAAGAGGUUUGACAUUAAGGUCGCUGCCAUUAAAGAAGCCCAAGAUUUAAAAAACAUGAAGGUUGAUGAACUUAUGGGAUCUCUUCAUACCUUAGAACCAGGCUUUGGUAAAAAUUCUAAGAAGAGUAUAGCCUUUGUGUCUAAUCCUGACAGUACAAAAGUAUCAAAUGUUAAGAACAAGCCACUCGACAUCAGCAAUAAUCAGGAUGUUGGGAGAAGGUCUAGAACUGAAGAUCGGUCCUACCAAGGAAAAGGAGUUCAGUGUCAUGAGUGUGAAGGGUAUGGAAACAUUAAGGCUGAGUGUCCUACUUAUCUCAAAAGGAAGAAGAAAAGUCUAGAUGUGUCAUGGUCAGAAGAUGAUUCCGAGAGUGAUACUAAAAUUGCCAAAUAUGUCAUUGCCCUGGCUGGAGUUUGCGAUGAAGAAUCAGAUUGUGAAGAGAUUACUUUUAAGGAGCUGGCCACAUCCUACAAGGAGUUGUGCCUCAGAAGUGAAAAAGUCUGUCAACAAGUAGAAGAUCAGAAUAAAGCUGUUGCACAGCUUCAGGAUGAAAAGGUGAAACACCUGUCUAUCAUCUUUGAACUGAAGAGUCAAGUUGUAUUGCUCAAUUCACAACUGGACAAUAUGAAUAAGUCUGUUAGAAUGCAGAAUAGUAGUUCUGAUGUGUUGGAUGAGAUUCUUCAAUCUAGGAAUAAUGUUGGGAAUAUUAAAAUUAUUGUCAAAGCAAAGGAGAAGUGGAUUCCCAAAACGGUUGUGUCUGCACUCAUAGCUCACACCUCUCUCAGAGCUUCUACAAGAGAACAUUGGUGCUUUGAUAGUGGAUGUGAAGUUACCAUGAAGGAAAACAGAUCAAAAGAUAAUUGUUAUCUGUGGAGUCCUCAAGAAGUUGAAUGUUCAACUUGUUUGAUGACAAAUGAAGAUGAAGCUAAAUUGUGGCAUCAAAAUCUUGGGUACUUGCACUUGAAGGGUAUGAAGAAAGUCUUAUCAAGUGAAGCUGUUAGAGGUAUUCCCAAGCUGAAGAUUGAUGAAGAAAGAAUAUUUGGUGAAUGCCAAAUUGGGAAGUUGAAAAGUCUUGGUGGAAAGAAAUAUGCAUAUGUCGUUGUUGAUGAUUUCUCGAGAUUCACCUGGUUGAGUUUUAUCAGAGAGAAGUCUGAUGGGAAAAGUACCUCUGGAGGAUGUUUCUUUUUGGGAAACAAUCCCAUUUCAUGGUUCAGUAAGAAGCAUAAUUGUGUAUCUCUUUCCACUGUUGAAGCUGAGUACAUAGCAGCAGGUUGCAGUUGUUCUCAACUUGUGUGGAUGAAGAAAAUGUUGUAUGAAUAUAAUGUCUCAUAA